GGAACCUAGAGAAAUAGAUCCAGCACCUGAAUAUAAAUUACCAGGAUUUCAUGAUUUAAAAACAUUAAAUGAUUGGAUGCAUUUUAAUUAAAAUAUAUUAAAUGUAUAUUAUUUAUUAUUAUUAUAUUAGUGUGGUAGAUUAGUACAUUUAAUACCUUCUGAAUUACCUGAAGGUGUUGAACCAGAAGCUUAUUAAAAAUAAAUAGAAGCUGCGGAUCCUUUUGAAAAUAGAUUAAAACCUAUUUCAAAUGAUAAAAUAUAAAAUAAUAAACCAGCUUGGAAAAUUAGAAUUGUUGGUGAUACAACUGAUUAUAAUCCUUUAGCCAAAGACACUAAUAAUAAAGUUAAUAAUGGUGUUAUUAUUAUUAAAUCUUUAGUUUGGCCAGGAUUAGUAACUGUCUAUUCUGUAAUAAUCUAUUUUAAUUUAUAAUAGAACAAAGUAUUAUCACAAUUAUAUUAUGGUUAUGGAUUUAAGGCAACAAAUAAUCAUUUCUAUCCUAAAUAACCAUAAUAAGUUUAAUAAGAAUAACCAGAUCUUCCAGAAUAACCAGAACCCAAUUUCCCAGCUGAAGUCCCUUAAUAACAAUAAGAUUGA